AGCUCCAAAGGGAAAACUUGUGACUGAAAACAUAGAAGUUUAUUCAUUUAUGCUGUCUUUUACGACCUUUUAUGAACGAUAGGUCGGUUACCUGAGUAAAGAGGUUAGUAAAGAUGUUUUCUGGAUUAGAUAUCAGGCAAAAAAAGAGCAGAAUCCAGCAAAUGACUUAGUUGAGAGGUCUUUGGCAAAUGUAUGUAUAUGUCAUGUCGUCCUCUGGACAAUGCAGCCCUGAAUUUAUCUUAAAACCGUGCUCCUGCACAUGUUUUCGACCUUCUUUAAGCUCCUUGAAGUCUAUCGUCGUCUUAUACAAUGUGGAUAUCACUCUAAUGUCUUCCAGAUAGCUUUUAAAUGCGUUUGAAUCGGCUAAAAAUCGCCGAGUACAAAUCAAGUUCAAAAUUUCUUAACUUAGAUACUGUGAGAACUCGAUCCAUUGUGCCUGCAUGCUUUGAGAACCUGUUGUCCAAUCAACUCCAUCACAUUAAUCACAAUCAAAUUAAAUCUCUGACACACAUUUAAAUCUAAUUUAAGUUUUUUUAACCUUUAAUUGCUACUCUCAGUGUGAUUAACAAGUAACUUCUCCAUAUAAUGUCUUUAUAGUAUUCAGCAAAAGGGUAAAGAGAAUCCUAAAAAUUAUCGGAAGUUGUCACCUUGAUUUACCGGUAACACCAAGUUUUUGUGACUAACUUAUAAGGAAGUGUAUAGAAGCCAGAAGGGAGAAUUGAUGAUUAGAUUGUGGGAGUUUAAGGGUUAAAAUUCUUAACACGAAGUAUGUAAAUAUGAAUUAAGAAGUUAAUUUAGUAGCAUAAAUGAUUGUCAAAAGCAAAUGAUGCACAGCAGGAUUCAGAAUUGUAAAUUAUUUGUUUAGAAUUAUUAAGAUGGAUUUGAAAAAUGUAAAGUGCUCUUACAAAUUAAUCAAAACUGUAAAACAAUUAGAUAAACAAAACAUCCAUCACUAAAACAUAGAUGAACUAAUAGAUAAAAACAUAAUAGUUUGUUUGUCCAUUCUUUUUAUGGUGUAUAAGAGCAUUUGGGCAAGUGUUAUUUAAACUUUGUCACAAGAAACCUUCUGUAUUUUGCAGUUUGCCUGAAUGAUGUCUACAAUACAGCCAGAUGAAGAGGAUGCCAGUGGCAGCAGUGCUGCACCAAGUCCAGCUGUGAGCAGCACACCAUCUCCUUCAAAGACCAAGGUACAUUCUGGCGAAUAAAAAAGGAAAAAAGAUAGAAAGAUUGUCCUGCAUAUAACUACAAAAUGUUAAAGUUACCAUGAUUGUCGGCUAUGGAAAUUUAGUUUUACAGAUUAUCUCAUAGCAUGAUAUUUGUGCCACGAGGCUGUAAAUUUUUAGAUAAACAUUUUAAACCUUUACACCCUAACAUCAGUAUGCAAGUUCUCCAUACUGUUUUCUAUACAUUUCCUAUUGUACCUGUAAGGAGAAUUUAGAUCAAUAUCAGUAUCUGGGCAACUAGCCACCUACCCAUCCCCCUAACCCAACAUUAACCUUAACUUGUCAUCAAUUGACUGAGAAUUUUGCUAACAGUCCAAAGCUUCUCGAGUUGGUGAUGACUUCCUUCAUUCUCAUGACAUUAAUGUUUCAUGAAAGGGUGAUACUGUUGAGAGAAAUUAGAUGCCUAUCACUCUUAAGGAUCAAAUGUUUAAUAACCAAGAUAGAAAUCAUAUGGUUUGCCGGGCAGGCUUUUCUUUCAGUGUACUAAUCUUUAGCUAAUUUAGAAAACUGAAUCAAUAUUUUGCUACUUCAGGUGGGAGAGUCACCACGACGCAGCGGCAGGAGGGUCAGGCAGAGGAUUCUCUAUGGUCAUCAGCCGCUGGCCAGUAAAGCACAAGUCACACCACAGCAGUCCAAAACCAAAAAGACAAAAAUGACACCAGAGAGUAGUGGGUCAGAUGAUGAAGAAGAAGGAAAUGAAGAAGCUGGGUACUCAAUGAUGCAAUUUCAAAAUCAUUUUAGUUAUAGAACUAACUUGGCUAGAAAAGAGAAGAUUUAUAUGCUAUGUGCUGGGUGGGAGGUUUAUAUAAUUAUGGGGAAAGGUACCCAAGAUCUUAAGCAAUUGAGAGCUGUACUCAAGCCCAAGUGCACAGUUUUUUCUCACUACAGACCAACCUAGACUAGUGAAUAAGUUAUUUACCUUUUAUCCUGCUGGUUUCCUCUUCCCACUCAGCUGAGAUAAGGGGAGAAAAAAAUUGUAGACUGUGGUCCACAGUACAUAAAGCUAGACCAAUUACAAACAUGCAAUUCCCUAUCAGAAUUAAGGAGUUAAAAUUUCAGCCCACUGAGAUGAUUCAGAAAACAAAAUGAUAUUAAUUUUUUUUAUUCAAAUGUUUUGUCUUUUCAGGGAACAGUCGUCAGUAAAUAAAUCAAGUGAUGACAGUGACUUGGAAACUCCUGUUCAGGUGCCUACCUCAGUACGAGGAAGGAAACGAGCAGCAGAAACCUCCAAAGCUACACCGGUAUAGUUGAUUGAUAUAUUUUUUCAGUUAGUCGGAUCAUUUGUGGUUUUGUUUGUUUGAGUCAUUCUUGUGAAUAACCAAAGGUGUAUCUAUAAAUAAUUUUAUUCUUGCAGGCAGCAAAAAGGGUAAAAUCUAAACAACCCUCUGCUCAAAAGUCAUCUCAGAAGAAAUCAAGAAAAUCAAAAGGAAGUGCAGAUGCAGAUGAGAGUCAGGGAACCUUGUUUGAUAUCGUGAAAGCUGGAAAAGGUGCUCUGAGGGUAAGAAUUAUGUUUAAUGUUACAUCUAAACUUUUUUUUAAUACAGUAAAGUUCUUUUUUAAUGUUACAUCUUAACUUAAAGGCUGAUCUGUACAUUAUUGUUGUUGUGUCAUUUUCAUUCUGUAAAACUAGUCAAAAACUUGAGAAUGUUGUGACAUUAACUCAGAGAUAAGAGCUGAAAGGAAACAUUCAAAAUCUUUUUCUGGACUGGAUUUCCAGAACCACAAACCCCCUCCCCAGCAUUUUUCAAAUUAACCCUUUACAGUUUUUCAUUUACACCAGAUACAUGUUAAUCCUUUUUUAAAUUUUAUUCCACGUAAAAUUCACAGGCUGUUGUGGAUGACUGGAUUGAGAGUUACACUACAGACAAAGAAAAUGGAAUGGUUGAUCUUAUACAGUUUUUUGUCCAAUGUUGUGGCUGCAAAGGUUUGUCCUGAUUUAAUGAGGUUUGAUGAAGUAAAUUUGAUACUUUGUGUAUGAGAAACUUUCAGAAAUUGUAUACUGAGUAGUUUAAGAGGGAAGCUUCUGAAGGAAGUCCUAUUUUUAAAAAAACCUUCUUGUAGCUUGUUUAAGGUGUAGAUGGCCAAGUCCUUUGUUUCAUACUUGAAUGGAACAAAACCAAGUUCUGGGGAAAGAAAUUUUCACAUGUACAAUGAACAUGUGUAAAACAUGUCGUGAAUGGCCAAAGCUCUGUACUCAGAAGAAUCCCUGGCUGAAGUGCUCAGUACUUGAUAGCUUUCAUAAAAGCAAAGCUCUACAACAUAUAGUUGCAUAAUGAAAGAAAGUUAGCCACCUAGCCCUAAGAGUGACCAGCACCUAGUUUCUCCUUAUUAUAAUAAUGCGAAAUCAUUCAUUUGAGAUCAUAAGAAUAAAGGAAAUGAUCACCAACUAAAGAAGCUCUUGAUUGUGAAACAAAUUCUCCUUGUCAGCACCUUAGGAAAUGUAUAGAGAACAGUAUGGAGAAUGUGCAAAAUGAAUGUUAGGAUGUAAAGGGUUAAAGGAACUACUUAGUGAGAAUGAUUGUUCUGUUGUGCCUGUGGGGGUAGCUAGUCAAAAAACCUGAUUUGUAUUAUCUUGUGCUUUUAUUAACUCAGCUUGAUAAUGAACCAGGGUUCAGUUGUUCUAAGGAUAGAGUACUCUAACUAACGUAUAAAAAUUUGCUGUCCAGAAACAUACUGCACUAUCCACUGGAAAGAGAUUUAUCCAGUGGAUAAUGUUAUCCACCCCUCAAACAACUGUGACCAGCAUGAUAAUACUAUAUCUACAUGUAUAUAACCUCAAAUGCUUCAUAGCUGAUGAGCAUCUAAAUCUGGGUGACUGAAAUUGCAAAGUAGUACAUAUCAUUUCAGGAACUGUAACACCUAAAAUGUUGGAAGAGGAAGAAAGUGUCAACGCAAUCCGUCAACUUACUGAGCAGUUUGACGAGGUUAGUUCAACUGCAUAGGACUGAGUCCUUUGAAUUCUGUCAACUCCAUCACACAUUGGACCUAUAAUUGCUAUCUUUUUCCUUUUUAUUAGGCCAGCCAUGAAUACCCACUCAUAAUGACGGGCCCAGCUUACAAGAAAUUUAGGGUGAGUAUUGUACCAUUCAGUUUAAUUUGUUUUUUGUUAUCUGAUGCAAAAUGCACAAAUCAAUGUCAGUAUCUGAACAACUGCACACCUACCCCUCUACUAACCCCCCCCCUCCCCAACAACAGUCAACCAAUAACAAGUUAGCGUUAAUGUUGGAUUAGGGGAAGGGUAGGUACACAGUUGCUGAGAUACUGUCAUUGAGAGUGUACAGUAACUCCUUUAACCCUAUACACCCUGACAUCAGCAUGCAUAUUCUCCAUACUGUUCUCUAUACAUGUCCUAAUGUGCUGGCAAGGAGAAUUUGUUUAACAAUCUAGAGGUUCUUCAGUUGAUUAUCAUUUCCUUUAUUCUCAUGACCUUAAUAUUUGAUUCAGGGGUGAUAUUGAAAGGAGAAAAUAAAUGCUAGUCACUCUCAGAGAUUAAAUGGUUAAAGAUCUUGACCUAAACUUUUGUUUUGUUUUCUUUUUUGUAGACAAACUUUGUAGAGUUUGUGGAUUCGCUGGUUCAGCAAUGCCAACACAGUAUUAUCUAUGACGAGUACAUGUUGGAUACACUGGUGUCCUGGCUGAUCAGGCUGUCAGAUUCACAAGUUCGUGCCUUUAGACACACAAGUACUUUAGCUGGUAAGAAUUCAUUCUCAAGUCUCACAGACCUAAUGACCCAUUUUCACUAGAACUUAUUCAGGUUUCUGUUAAUUGAAGUGUCUAGAAGUUAUCUAUAUUCCUCUUAAACAGGAUGGCAAUACAUCUUUGCUACCCUCUCCCUACCCUUUAACAAUUUUUUAAAGUUUCCCAGCCAGUCUGCAAAUGCUUUAAAUACUUGUUAGCAAAGAGAGGCAGUGUGAUCACUAAGUGUCUCACACAAGGACUUGGCCAAGGUUUGAAUCUAAAUCUCUAGUUCUGGAGUCCUUCAUCUACAUGUAUAAUGCUUUCCUCAGUGCUCUGUGGAUGUUUUCUAGCCCAAUGACUAUUACAUCCAGUUCAUGAAGUCAGGUUCAUCUUGAUCCAUAUUUUGACUGUGCCUCACCUGUCACUGACUUAUUUUACUCUCAGGAAUGAAACUUGUUUCUGCUUUGAUACAAGUGGCAAAGCGUGUUCAUGUAGAGCUGGAUCACACCCAGGUAUAAUAUGUAGUAUUUUUGUUUAAAUCAACACAGUGUGAAAGUUUCAACUUUCAACCUCUUACAGCUUCAGCGUUAACCAUCUACAAACCAUUGGUGUCUUCAUGAAAUCCUCAGUUACAGCUGUAGGAAUUUUGCAUUUUGGGAGGUGUCUGUUUUACUUAUAUAGAUAUCUCAAAAUCAUUUUUGUAGCGCCAGUUAGACAGCGAAAGCAGCAAAGUUUCAUCCAAGAAAGCCAUGGAAAAAAUUGAAAUGUUGAACAAUAGGAGGCAAGAGGUAAGCAGAAAUCUCUUCCCGUACAGAACAAGUGCUACCCUUUCACAUCUAUGCCAUGUUUUGAAGGGUCCAUCAAAUGUAGGCUCACUAUAAUACUGGUUCUUAUUUUCUUUCCUUAUAGCUGAGACAGAAUGUUAGUGACUUGGAAGACAUGAUGAAUUUUGUGCACCAGGGAAUGUUUGUCCAUAGAUACAGGUACAUGUAACUACUUCAUAUGCUGUAGGUAUCUGGAACUUGAGAUAAAAGUGCAAGGGGCCUCUUGAGUUGAUGACUGAAGAAGAAUGUGGAUUUCUGCAGGGUAACCAGUUUGCUGUUUUUUUUAUUCCUGCAUCAUUUCAAGAGUGACCUCCUUAAUUUAAAUUUGAUGGUUUUACUUGUUAUAUUUUUAACCAGCCAAAUGCAACAUUUUGCUGUCAUUUACUUUUUGUGGCCAGCCGUGAGACUUAUUUUUACUCUGUUAAAUCAGACUUGCGUUUAAUUUCUUGUGCAAUUUCAGGGAUUCCAGACAUGAAAUCAGGGCGCUGUGCAUUGCAGAAAUGGGUCAUUGGAUGAAAGAAUACAGGUGUGUGUUUACAAGUUUCACGCAAGGAAUUUUUCUACACAACAUAGUAAUUAUUGACCAUUGUUACUGUAACUAAUUUCUGUUUCUUUGUAGCUCCUACUUUCUGAGUGACAAGUUUCUGAAAUAUACUGUUUGGAGCUUACAUGAUAAGGCAAGUUUUGUCAACAGGUUUUAACCCUUUACUUCCUAACAUCAGCAUUCAUAUUCUCCAUAACCUUUUCUAUACAUUUUGCUUUGGUGCUGAUAAGGAGAAUUUGUUUAACAAUCAAAGUUUCUUAGUUUGGUGAUCAUUUCCUUAAUUCUCAUGAUCUUAAUGAAUGAUUCAGCAGUAUUGCUGUCAAGAGAAAUUACGUGCUGAUCACUAUUAGGGUUUUUAGGGGUUGAAUUAGUCAUUUCAGUCUUGGCAUGCUAUCUGAUCUUAAAUUUUAACUCUUGUGUUGAAAAGAUUCCUUUUAAAUAUUAUUUUGGGCAUGUACAUGAAGUGUGGUUCCACUAGUGCAUCAAAACUAUACCAAAGGAAAGAAAAAGAUGUAGGAGAAACAGUGCCUCUUCUUAGACAAUUGAGUUGAUCAAUUUUAUCCAUCAUCAUCUGCUAGAUUGGAGAGGUGCGGCAGAAGGCCAUCAAUUCAUUAAGAGGCCUUUACGAGGUUGACGACUUCCUCUCUCAGCUUGAGCCCUUGACUGAGAGAUUUAAGGUACUGUCAUCAAUAACAGUUUCAGUAUUACCAUGAUUAUUCUAAUCUUAUCAAAGAAAAUGGAUAUGAUGCUACUGAAUCAUUCAGUAAAGAUCAAAGUCAUUGCUUAAGUGUUUUUUGUUUAAAUUUCAGGAAAGACUUGUUGCUAUGACUUUGGACAAAGAAAAUGAAGUGGCAGUGGAGGCUGUCAAGCUCGUUAACCUUCUUCUUAUGUAAGUUCUAGAAGUGUAAAUUAUUUCCUUGUUCUAAUUGUCACUGAGGAAGUUGAAGAGAGAGUAGUGUGAUGGUUUCUGCAUCAUUAUGAUUCUGGAACAGAAAAACAUGAUCUGAGUCAACUACAGAUUAUGGUUUAGUUUUGUAUAUAAACCAAUCCUUGAACCCUUAAAAAGUUUGAAGACCUGUUUUAUAACUGCCAAAUCCAGAAAAAGUUUAAAUCAAUUAACCAAUGCUUACCUCACAUGGGGUGUCUCAGGGCUCCCAAUGUGGCCAACUACCCCCAAGAUAAUUUAGUAUGAUCAGCUGAGGCGAUUAUGUAAACUGGCCUUUAUAAAAAGUUUGAAAGCUGGUCUUUCAAGUGUUAGCCCUUCAUCAGAGUGAAAUGUUAGCUUUGUAAAGUUCUCUUAAUGAUGGCCAAUUUACAUUAUCAACUCAAUUGAUAAUGCUAAAAUACCCUGUUUUACUCUUUCAUUGAUGCAGCACCAUAGUUUCUUUAGAAACUUACCCCCUUUAUCCUCAAGAUAGAGUACCACACCCAUGGCUAUUAAGAAGUCUGGGUUCUGUCCCAAGUUGUAGGAAGUGCUUGUCAGGUGUCUGCAUAUUCGUGGGCUAACUUGGCCAAAAUAAUCUUAUUUGCAAAAUCAAAGAAUUUUCAAGUUUUAAAGCAAACACUGAAAAAAGAAACUGUUCUGCUCAGGCCUUGUGAUUUGAGACAGUCAUAUCCUUAGGUUUGGAAAGUGACAACAAUUGUUUGCAAGAAGUUUGAAAAAGGAACAGUGUUUAUCAGGUACUGAUAUUGUAGAAUAUUUGUGUGCUGCUUUGAUGACCAGUAUUUGUUGUCUUGUUGUAGGAAUGACAAACUGGAUGAAGAAGAAUGCCAACAGAUUGAGUUAAUUGUGUUCUGUACAAGUCGGAAUGUGGCAAAAGCAGCUGGAGAAUUCCUCAAGGAUAGGCUUGUCAUGGCUGCUGAUGAAGAAGUGAAAAAAGCCAGCAAAUCGAAAAGAGGUAAGCCUUGAUCAGGUUUCUUGUAAAAUGGGGAAGAUGUCAGUGGCUGUUGUUUGGUUAGCAUGCAAGACCCUACAACCAAAAGGUCUGCAAUUGAGUCUGGACUGGGGUUGUUGUUCAGCGUUCUUUUGUAUACAUCUUUCUCUCUCCUUACCUCUCUUUCCCCUUGGCUGGGUUGUUCAAAGCUGGGUUAAGAUAACCCAGGGAUUAGUGUGAAAUCUGAUUUCGGUUCUGAAAGCUUUCAAAGAAAAAUUCAGCAUAAUUCUUUUUGUCAACAAUUUGAUGAUUGGAUGCUCCAAAAAAAUAAAGAAAAUGAUCUCAAAAGGGCUUUCGAACAAAGAAGUAAAGAAACCCAGAUUAAAAUUAAACCCUGAGUUAGUGCUAAUUUGCCUUCAAUCAACUGUGCCUAGGAGUAGAAAAGGGGAACCUGCAAGCUGCCAAGGACACUUGACUGGCCCUCUUGAUACUUACUCUGUAAAUAUUUACAAGCAUAAUUAUAUCAAAAGUGAUAUAUUAUUUUUGCAUUUUUUUAUAGGCAAAAAAGCAGAACAGGAAAUCAAACUUGUACAGUUAAAAAAACUGAUUGAGUUUUUUAUUGUCAGUGAGGUAAUUUCAAUUUGACAUAAUUACAGUGUACUACAAUGUUAAUUUUAAAUUUAGAUCAUUUCUCAAGUUAAAUACCUACAUUGGUAGAUAAGGUAGCUUAACCCCAUAAAGUCUAAGAGUGAUCAUAAAUUAAUUUCUCCUCACAGUACUGCUGCUGAAUCAUUUAUUAAGAUUAUGAGAAUACUGACAAAUGAUCAUCAACCUGAGAAGCUUUGAUUAUUAAACAAAUUCUCCUCAUCAGUGUCACAGGAAAUGUCCAGAGAAAAGUCAGGAGAAUGUAGAUACUGACGUCUGGGUUUAAAGGGUGAACGUGAUUUGAAGCCAUCUCAUUGACAACCCCAUUUUAUUUCUUCAAACUAUCUGACACAUUUUUCAUUUUUCUAGGUCCACAACCAUGCAGCAUACCUUGUAGACAGUUUGUGGGAAAGUAUGGACUUACUAAGGGUAAAAUAAUUUAAAUCUUUUGUUAUUAUGGAAGUCACUUGUCUUAAGUCUGCAAAAAAAUGUCUGACCUGUUCUAGGCAAAACUAUGAUUAACUUUCAACACUUAAUUGUCUGAUUGCUUUUGAGUCCUGCAAUUUAUAAGAGAAGUGUGAAAUAGUUUCUCAGCAUUCCUGUCAGGAAACAGCACAUCUUCUGCGAACAUGCAAUGUAUAAUUUUGCUCCCUGGAAAUCUUUUAAGGAUUGGAUUUCUUAGAAUUCUGAGACCUUUGGGUCUGCAGUCUCUCCACCAAGAGCACAGCUUUGCUACAAAAGAUAGCCUCUUUGCAUUGGAAAAUCUGAAAAAUAGUCAUGCAAUGUACAGAUUUGUAAAAUACAGAGUGUUACUUAACAAAGUGUUUGCUGUCUUGUGUAUGUCAGGACUGGAAGUUGAUGACUGACAUUCUUUUGGAUAAAAACGACAAACAAGGUGAGUUGCCAUGGCAAUAAAUCAGGGUUUGUAAUUUGCAGUAUUGAAUAGAAGAGCCAGAAAUUUGUUAUCUUAUUGGACUUUUCCAGCUCCUUCACCAGUCAACUCAAUAUGGCGCCAAGAAGAUGAGAUUUUUAGAUCACUUGUGAAAUUUGGUACACAACACCAAUCAUCUUUGAACACCUUUCUCACUUAAAAUUCAAAGGAUACCUCCUUUUACAGCACAUGGUGGCUUUGCUAUUCAGGGCCUUGUUUAGUGUAGUUUAAUAUGGGAAAAGAGUUCUAGUACUCCUGGAGAGAUCUGUUAUGAGUGUCCAUUCUGUAGGAACUGGUUGGUUGAUGGAGUUUUAACUACACCUGCGUGAAGUCUAGUUUCCUUAAAAAUAAACUCUUUUGUGGCAGGAAAUCAGUGGAUAAGAAAAUCUUAUUAUGAAAAGUUGUCAUCUUUCAAACAUUGAACAAAAUCUUUAACAGAUAGUGAAGAAUAAAUGUAGAAAUACUAUUGUUUACAUGAUUUCCUUAACCUCAGGUUUGAAUGACAGUGAAGAAAUGGCAUUGAUUGACAUCAUGGUCUGCGCCUGCAAACAAGCAUCUACCCGACAGGGUCCCCCCGGAAGAGCAGUUCGCAAAGUGAAGGAAAACAAAACUACUGUGAAUGAAAAGAAAGACCUGAGUGCACACUUUAUGCAGACUUUACCAGGCUUGUUGAACAAGGUAUAAUAUAAAUACCCCUUAAAUGUGAUACUACUUUACAACUGAGCACAAAAUUGAGCUAAUCCUUUACCUCUCAGAAGUGAUUAACAUGUAACUUCUCCCAAGAGUAUCCAUACAUUAUCCAGUGAACAGGUAGCGAGAUUACUCAAACUUAUCAGGUACAAGAAAUUAUCUUGAUUGAACACCAAAUUCUCGUAACCAAUUCACAAGGUAGUGUGUAGCAGCUAGAGGAGAGAAUUAACAAUCAGAUUUUGGGAGUUCAAGAAUUAACAGGUAACAUGCACUCAGCUACUUUCAACGAAGUUUUAGAAAUGAAUUUUGAAUAAACUUCCGUUUGCUGCAAUUAGUUCCUGACUCUUGAAAGCUGGUUUAAUAACUUAGAAUACACUCCCCUCAACAGGAGUCAACCACCACCGGCGCCAUACAAACGAGUUAUUCACGACAUUGGCAUUACAAACGAACCUAACAGAACGACCUAACUUUACUAACGGAUCGAGACCGACUAAUCGCGGCCGAUCUGCGCCACUUGAGUCUUACAGCCAAUAACAUCAACGGCAAAACUGACAAAUCAGUUUAUACGGACCGAACUAAGAACAUUCGACUGACAACAAGUAUACACUUGACUCCAAUGAUGACUUCCGCUCAGGUUGUCGAAACAUUGGACACCACUACCGACAACAAUCCUUCUCAGGACUACACUCACCCGGACGAUCAAACUACACUAACACAAUGCCUUUUUUUUUUGCCGCUUAAUUGAAAUACAGACUUUACUUUCACUUUAAUCUUUGAUCAGUAGCUAUGUUGUAAUACUUCUUGUUUUGUUUCAGUUCGGAACUGACAUUGAAAACGUCAUAAACCUGGUGUCACUUCCUCAGUACUUUGACCUGGAGGAGUAUGGACAGCGGAGACUGGGAAAGGUUUGUAGAUAUUCAAACCUGUAUACUGGGUCAUUUGUUGGUGAAUAAUAUUAUGACCUUUUUUUUUUUUUGCAAUUUCCAGUAUUUGGAUGAACUUCUGAAACAACUUUCUGAAAUUGUGGAGAAACACUCUAAUGUGGAUGUAAGUACUGUGGGAAAUUGUGAAGAAACUUUGUUUUUAAAGCACAAUGUAACUGUAGUUUAUAUGCUGUAUUUAAGCCCAUCAAGAACUUGACGUAUAUCUUUGUACUUGAGCUUCCUUCCAGGGCUUUCAAUAACUUUUUUCAUUAGCGGCUGUCGAUGGUGUAAUUGGUGGCUGAGUCAUGAGGCAAAAUCCAAACACGAGAGCCUGGUUUUACAGGCGGCGGUAGACUGACAGUAACCGGUUGUUAAUGGAACCAAUGCCUUCCUCAUCAAAAAAUGCAUGAUUAUUGUUUUCGUUUUGCAGGUUUUGGAUGAAUGUGGGAAGAGCUUAAGAACACUCACGGACAAUGACUUCACUUUGGCCUCUUCAGCUGUAAGUGGAUAGGUGUCCCGUGCACAAGCAGUUGUGUGAUCUUCUUGCAUUUUGCAUUGUAUCGUUAAAAUUUUAAUUAUUUUUAGCUCGUAAUGCAUAAAUAAACUUUAUCUUGAUUUUCUUGCCCUCUAGGAUGUGGCCAAAAACAAGCUGAUUGAUUCAGUUGUGGCCAAAUUUAAAGAGAAUGUGAAGAGUGGUCUUGAUGCAGUAAGUGUUCUUCGGUUCUUUUAAAUUUUUCUCGAAAAUGUUUGCAUAGUUAUAUCUUGAUUAAAAUCUGCCACAAAAUCCUCACUUUCCUAACAUUUAAUGACUGUUAUUCAAUUUCUAAACUUUUUCAAUGAAGAGGUGAUGAAUGUAGACAAAUUUGUCAAUCAGUUGAGAGACGUUUCAGUCAUUCAAUGUACACUACGUUCUUUAAACUGCAAAUUUGGGAAACAUUACAUGUACAAGUUUUCGUCGUGUUCUUUGUCAAUGUUUUUUGUUUUGUUUUAUUAGGAUGAAGCAGACGAAGACAAUCAAGAGAGAUUUGCUCUCCAUGUUAAUCUGGCAAGAAUUGCUUCUUUCUUUAAGUACGUUUCCUUGUAGUUUUUUAUAAGAAAACAUCAAUUUUUGUCCAAUUUAGGAUAGAAUAAGAUAUUGCUUUAAGACCCUUUUUAUCCCCUGAAAGUCUACGAAAGAUUUCUUUUACUGAGGGUAUUUUAGAGGAGGAGAGGUACAUUCGGUCGGGCAAAAACAAUCCUGAAUUUUUCUUGUACUUUUGGCAAGAAAUUCGUAGUUUUGAAGCGAACAUGAAUCUGUGUCUGCAAACUUCAUGUACUUUGUAGUUUCUUUGUCAAAGAAAUUUGAAGAUGCAGUGAAAAUCCGGUCAUAUAUUGUUACACAUGGAAAUGAUACAUUCAAUACAGUUUUUUCACUGUUGUAAGUAUAGAAUUUCAUGCGAUUAAGUUGAGUCAAAAGAAUAUACCCAUUACUAACCGAGUUCGAGGCCCAUAAUGAGAGUUACGAACCGGAUUUUUUCCUCUCGGAUUUAUGGCCCAUGCGCGUAGGGCGCGGGCCAUAAAUCGAGCUGGAAAAAAUCCAUAACUUGCAGCAAGGACCUGGAAAACGAAGGUGGUGAGAUGUUUGUUAUAUCUCUGGCGGGAGACGAUUUCAAUUCAAACAAAGUUUUGAAUUUAGCGGACCGUACACUGAAAUACGGCCUGCUGAAUUGACCAAUCGCAGCACAAGUACUAACUGAGAGAUAUGAUGAUACAAUUUAAGCAUUUUAUCGUUAUUGCAGAUCCCACAAUCUUAAUAAAUGGGACCUUUACGAUGAUUUGUCAUACAUUAUUGACUAUUCUGCAAAGCACACCGUACCAGACGAGGUAGGCAAGUCGUCUUUGUCGUGACCAAAUUUGGUUGUUCAUCGUGGUUUUCUUGAUAAAUGAACGUUUAAUCGUUUGUCCAUCGAUGUAGGAUUAGGCUCUCUAGUGUAUUCAUCGCGACGUUUCGACUCGUGUACUACUAGUCUUCGUCAGGCAACGAGGUCGAAAGAUUACGUGUCGCUAUUUAGAGUACGUUAGUUUCUUGCUAUUGGUGUGUUUUGGCGCGCUUGGUGUGUUUUGGCGCGCUUGGUGUGUUUUGGCGCGCUGUCAUUGGAGUAUCUUUCCCGCCUUAAAUCUCCCAUACCCCUCCGGUCCCCUAUUAUCACAAGCCCCUAUCCCUGUUCCCGUCUGCAUGCUAUCACAAUGCGGUUUUGGUGUCUGUUUUAUUUUACUUUUUUUUCCUUAGCUUUGUUUUAUUGCUGUCCUUUUUGUUUUAGGCGUUUUUUGUUAUUUUGUUUGUGGAAUUUACAGCUGGAUCGUAAAACCUGUUAUACAAUAUUUAUUUUUUCCCAUCAAGAGAGUUAUGUGUGUGAACUCAACUUAACGAUAACUGUCAACUACGGAUUUUUGUCUUUUUGAUUCUGAUACAACAGAUAUUGGAGCUGACCUUUUUAAGCAUGCAGAUGUUACUUGUUUGGAGUCUUACCGAGAUCGAUGUUAACGAACCGGAUAAGGUUAGAUUUUAAAUCUUAUUUUUUUCUCUUUCGUGACGAAUGUUCAUUGUUGUAUUUCAGCAAUUGGGUUCAAGUGGGGCAUUCUCCCCACCCCACCCCUCCUUCCAACCCCGUUUCAACGUGACCUUACCACGUGUAUGUUUCCUUUCCCAGCAUGAGAUGCGCACCCUGAAAAAGAGAGUGAAUCAGUUUAUGUCAAACUGUGACGAGCUCAUACAGUUCAGUACAGAUUCUGUCCAGAGAGUGGUAAGACAAGAAAUACAUGCUGUUAAAUGAUGGUGGACUGAUUAACGGCAUGUCAUAAUGUAUAAAAAUUUGCUUUAUCAAUUGAGUUGAUUUUGUAAAACGGCCACCGUAAAGAGUUUUAAAGCUGAUGUUUCGAGCGUUAGUCCCUCGUCAUUCGCUCUGACAAAGGGCUAACGCUCAAAACAUGAACUUUAGAAACUCUUUACGGUGACUAAUUCACAUUAUCAACUUGGUUUCUAUAACCCAAUUAUCUUGUUCUACUUUCCCCUAUUAGAAACUUACCCCUAUGUUCAUUUCUGAUCUUUGGUCAGUUGUUAUUGAAACCAUCUACACAUUAAUUUUUUUAUUACUUGGAAGAAUUUAUCUUUAAAAUUUUUCAACUUGUGUUUUCCUUUUCGUCCUCAAGGCAUUUUGUUGUAUCUGUGAUUUGCUGAUCGUUUUUGCCAAGCAGUUAAAGAACAGAGGUAAUUUAUGACUCGUUUGAUUGCAUGAUCUUUUUGUUGGUGCUAUUUCGGCUGAUCCCAAACAUGUCUUUUUUACUAUCGCUAUGUUUCAGCCCCCAUUCUGGCGCCUUUGGUAUAUGAAGCUGAUCACACCACUCAAGUGAGGCUCAGAGAUUACGUCAUCAGUCACGUGUUCACGGACUUGGACGAGGACGAAGCAGAGGAUGAAGACGGUGAGAUAUUUUAAAUCUCUACGCCCUAACAUCAGAUUGCAUAUUCUCCAUACUUUUCACUAUACAUACCAAAGGUGCUGGCAAGGAGAAUUUAUUGAACAAUCAAGAGUUUCUUUAGUUGGUGAUCAUUUCCUAUAUUCUCGUGACCGUAAUGCUUGAUUCAGGGAUGAUAUUGUACGGAGAAAUAAGUUGCUUGUCACUCUUAGGGGUUAAAUUGUUAAGAAACAUCUGUUAUCAUGGUUGAAUCAAAACAUGUUGAAUGCUACAGGCCUCUAGGUCCACUCAGCGCUGCUAUUAAGUUUGAAAGUAGAACUGAGGAAAAUAAGGAGUAGUAGACGGCCAGGUUAUUGCGUUGAACACCGUGCUGUUUCGUCAGAUUACACUCAAGCCUGGGAGCUGUUCAGUUUAGAUGUUCCAUGUGUUCCACAACGAACGCCCGUCCGCAAGAAAAUUCUAAACGUGGAAUCGAUCCACAAUUUUAAACCUGUCACUGGUAAAUUUUGCAUUCAAUUCCACUUUAAAAAAUGGGGAAUGCUGCAGUGCAAAUUUCUUCGAGGGGCGUUAAAUAAAUUUUUAGUGAUUCAUCAGCAAUGAUAGCAAAAUCAGGUGAAAUUAGCAGACUAGCAGGCGAAUUUGGCAGGCUAACGGCUUUUAUUGAAGGCUCUGCGCGUUACUGUCGGAGCUAAUCUCAGCUUUCCAUGACGCAUUUUUGCUCGUAUGCUUUUAUUCGACAGAGGACCAGACGGACAGCAGUGCUUUGGAGUUGAGCAAAAAGAGAACAGUUCUGGCAGGAUUCUGUAAACUCGUCGCUUAUAAUGUGAUUGAUAUGAAGCUGGUUUCUCCCAUUUUCGCAUUCUUAAUCAGGGUAUGAAAACGUGCAUGACGUGUGAUAUUCUUAGAGGAACACAUUUUUCUUUUGAAGGACGUUAUCGCUUGAAAUCUUUCGCUUAAAAUCAUCAGGCUUAAAAUUGACCAUUUUAAUGUACAUCAUCGUUGCACAAAAGCAUCACGUGUCGGCAUCUUAUCCUUGUAGUAUGAAAAAAUCGGCCCAGCCUACCACGAGUAGCCUAAAGCUUAGUGGUAGAGAAGAAAGUCCUAGGGUGGACUCCUAUUAGGAACACAACUUCUUGAGAAUGCCCGUGUAAUCCACUGGGUAACAUCAUCUUUCACUGACCUUUACGCUACUCACAAAGAGUUGAACAAGGAGCUCUUAGUGUAGCCUUGCUUGUUUCUUAACAAGCGCACGACACUUAAUCAUUGCUAAAAUUAAAAAAUUCCUUUGAAAAAUAAACAGCACAGUGCAGAACAGUUUAUUCGGAAGGUUCUGUAUCUAGUUACAACUUCAAACAAUCCACUGAAUGUUGUCUCUCGUGUACAGGCAUACAGCAACUAUGGUGAUAUCAUUCGCCAUACUAUGACAAAAUGCCGAGAUAUCAGUAAUUCAGCUUUUGCCAAAGCUUUGCUUCUGAGUCUUCAACAAGAGUUUGAAAAACUGCAAGAUGACAAUGACGGAACUGCAGACACGAACUCAAAGGAAUUUGCUGGAAUCAAGGUAAUUUUUUUCAAAUACUAGGCAAAAAUUGGAAAACUCCCUUACUUUCAUCGUAACCCUUAGAAUAUUCUUCAGACAUUUACCGCAAUGAAGGCAAAAAAUCGUAGCUACCAAGUCGUAAACUGUAAAGAUACUUAUACAAGGAUGUGACGUUUCAGCCACAUCUUAAAUUUGGAGGCUGUAUGUGCCUCAGCCCUUAACACCCUAACAUCAGUAUGCAUAUUCUCCAUACUGUUCUUUAUACAUUUCCUAACGUACUGACAGGGAGAAUUUGUUUAAUAAUCAAAAGCUUUUAUUUAGUUGGUAAUCAUUUUCUUCAUUCUCCUGACCUUAAUAUUUGAUUCAAGGGUGAUAUUGUGAGGAGAAAUUAGAUGCUAGUCACCCUUAAAGGGUCAAAGGGUUGACAUGAUUCAACUGUUUUCAACAUACGGUUCUAUUUUUUUUAUUGGAUAAUUACUUGUAUUCAUUCUGUAGGAACUCGCUCGUAGAUUCGCGCUCUCAGUCGGCGUAGACACAACGAAGCCUCAGUCUCGGGAGUGUGUUGUAACUUUGCACAGGUUUGUUGCCUCAAAGUAUAUUUUUGUUACAGCUACGCUAUAUUUCGAUUCCAAUGUCACUGCUUGUGUGAAGCGCGAUGGGUCUAAGGUUAACGCGCUAGACUCUCGGUCGAAAGGUCUGGGUUAGAGACUUAGUGGGGUCAAUGUUUUGCGUUCCUCAGAGGCUUAUUACUCUCACGGUGCCUCUCUUCACCCAGGAGUAUAAACGGGUGUAAUUGUACUGUUUGAGAAGCCUGAUGAAAUGCCGGGAGGUAACCUCCGAUGGACUGGCAACCCAUCCAGGGCGAUUAGGGAAACUUAUAGUCACUUCAUACUCGUAAAAACAGGGAUGAGCCACUUGACUUGAGUGCAGACUUUUAUGUCAUUGUUUGAUUGAUUUCUUUGUCUACAGGGAAGGUAUCAAGUACAGUCUUAGAAAUGGAGAUGCACAGAAGAGUGAAGAUGAACCACCAUGCAAUCUUCAGUUUUUGGACGUGUUAAAUGAAUUUACUUUCAAGUUGAUUGCUCAAGACAAGGCGGGAAAAAGUGGCGUGUAAGUGUAAUAAUUCAUGCUCAGAUUUGGAAUUGAGGUGUGGGGACCAUAUCGCAGCUAUCAAUUGAGUGUUGAAAGGAAGCCGGUAUUUGUUUAGUUUUGCUUUACUUUUCUCUAUGAUUGGUCUAGAAAACCCGUACCACUCUCAACCAAUCAGAUUCAAAAUGAACAGCAAUCACGAAUUGGUCGCCCGCGUUUUCCCGCGCUUUAGGCGGUUUGUUUGGUUUCACUUUGAGUUCUGAUUAGCUCUUCAAAGUAUUUUCCUUUCUUCUGAUUGGUAGUACUUUGGUUUUAGUUUUGGUUUUACGACACUCAAUCGAAAAGCGCUCUAUUAUGAAAAAAAAAUUUAAUGGAAAACUUAAUAAUUAUUAAUCGACAAAAAAUGACAUUGGUAUUGUGUGAAGCUUUCUAUUUCAAUAUUGCUCUUGUCAGAGAGUAAUCUAUGAAAAUUAAAGAUUAAAAAUUCGUACGGCAUUUUGGUUCAUGGUAAGGUCUUGGUUGUAACCUGUUGUUAUCCACUUGCAGAUUAUCAUUUCUGGAUGAAAAUGCCAAAGAGAUGAUUCACAAAAAGGGAGGUCAGUGGAGUCCUUUGCUAUCAUACAGGAACGGCUUGACUGGACAGGACGAGGAAGAAGAAGGUAUGGAGGAAGCCCGUGAUGUGAUAAAUGUGAAAAUUACAUUCACUAAAAUAAGUUCUUUCGGUGAUAGCCUAGCUGGUCUCUGCGAGGGAAACAAAAAUAUUCAAGGCUGGGGAGAAGUUGGGAAAAAUUUGUUACAUUAAAACAAUGAGUAAGAUAAGUAAUGCAGAGUAUCCUCAAGUCUUACCAUUGAUUUUGGAACAUUAUGGGGAAGUGUCGAGAGAACUGGGUUUAAGUUAGCAAGGUGCGAUGUUGUCAAGCCUGAAAACAAACGUUAUUUAUCAAGCGGCAAGUGAGAUUUGCUGCAAGAGAUUCAAGUAAAAAUCUCUAUUCUUUAUCGCGUUCUCUACUGCUAUGAGGUGUCUUAGUUUCGUGUGUGAGUUGACUUACAGGCUGAUAGACGUAGGCCUCAAGAUUAAGAGGUAGACUCUCAGACUAACAGAUAGACAGAGACUGAAAGACUGGUGGACCUAGACGCGGAGUGACAGACGAACGGCAAAUUCUGGAAGAUUUAGAGACCCAGAAUCAGACAAAAAGACAGAUCGAUUAGCAUUAUCAUAUUAAGACUACUAGAGAGAAGAGUGCACUGAAAGGCCGUGCGACUGACAGGGAAUAACAGAUAAGCAGAUAGGUAGAGACAGACAGACUGACAGAUACACUUGAUAAACGUCUUAUACGAAUCUCUUGUAUUUGAAGGACAACAAAAAGGAAGUCGCGCAAAGAGAAAACUUCCCAUGGAAGGUAAGCUUUGCUCCCAAGUAUUUUCACUCCAGUAUUAAACGGCCGGAGCCACACGUCUGCCAUAAUCUUUCCUUUCUUUCCUUUAGGAGACGAGAGUAAAGAUGGAGAAUUGAUAUCCAAACAAACUAAGACAAAGACAAAACAACAGAAGCCGAAAGGCCCGCGUGGACGGCCUCCGAAGUCGACCACCUCAACAGCACAACAAACUGUACUCUCGACGGCAAAACCAGCGAAACCUGUCAGACCAGUUGUGGAAGAGUCAGAAGCUGGUGAUGAUAACAAUAAAGAUGACGAUGACGCCAUUUCGUCAGGUUCAGAAGAAUGGUCACAGGAAGACCAGGCUCCAUUGUCUUCGAUGAAGAAACCAAACCAAUCGACCGAUAAAGUUGACGAUAUUGAGGAAGCGUCUACUGCUGAGAAACAAGGACCAGUGAAAAGAAAGCGAGAGGAGACAUCACAGUCUGACGAGGAAGAAGAUGAAGAACAAGACAACGAUGACCAGGAUUUUGAAAGGUAUCGUGCUGUAUAAGAUCACAUCUACUCUAGUUCUGUCCUUUUUAGGCGAUAACCGGUAAAAUUUACCGCCUUAUUGGUUUGAAAAAGUUAUUUUACCUUUCUGGCCUAAAAUAAGGAAAAACACUGGUCUACUCCCAUACAUUCUGACAUUCUGCACAGCCUGUGCAUGAAUACCGAUGUCGCCUGGAUUCACGGUGACAGGUGCUCUUUGUAAUGUAAUUGUGAUUGAAAGUUUCGUGUUGUGUUCCUCAGUCUUCCUACAUCAUCUCAAAGAUCGUGGUUAUCAAGUCAGACACAUCGACAAGACAGCAAAAAGGCUCGAAUAAGUUACAGUAAAAAGGAUACAUCAGGAAUCGGGUAAGUGCGGAUUGUUUGGAAAUGAAACGCUCGUUCGUUUGAUAGUUCGUUUGAUCGUUUGCUCAGUUGCUCGGUUGCUCCUUCGUGCGUCCGGUCGGUUUUGUUGAUAUUUUGUCCGUUCGUCUGGUCGUUGGUUUGAUCGACCGUCGGUCGAUCGGUCGUUUUUUUCGUCGGUCCCUCGUUUGAUCGGUUGAUCGUUUGUGCGUCACUUAUGCCUUCAUUGUAAAUCUAAAGGUGCCGCUUUCGAAAUAAUCCUCGAAUUCAAGAGAAAGGUUAAAUUCAAGGCAAAAUGUUUAUUUUGUCGUAUUUUGCAGCCGCACGAGUCUUGAGGAUAUCGAGGACGAGGAUGAAAUCGAAGAAUACGAGAGUGAAGACGAAACAGACAAGGGGAAACAGGUAAGAACAAUGAUAAUGCUUUAGAGACAAAUUCUCACCUCACGGAGAGACACUGCGAUGAUUAUUUCGGAGGCUGUGUGCUGUAAAGGUAACAACGGGGAAUGAAAACGGUCUCCUGAGUAGUAAGGAGGUCGCUAUGGCAACCAAGCCAGUACCCUUUACUAAGCACCUUUGAACACAAAGUGGUGUGUGAAGGUGGGAGGGAAGAUGGGGAGAAGGGGGCUUCUGACAGGUGAAAUCCUCGCACUGGCUUAAUUUCAACCUUGCUUAAAUUACGUUUAGUCUCUUUAAAAAGGGAAGAGAAAACUUAGGAUGCAAUCGAUUCAAUGAGCAGAACGGCUCGUUUAGACGGCGAAUUCCGUUAAUCAGAAUUGCCUAAAACAUCUAGGUGGCUAUUUCUGACUAAUGGUAACAGUUUAGCUUUGGCCUUGGGUUGUCUCGUAUUCUGUGACGAAACCCUCUUUUUCUCUUUCUUCGCUUGUCGAUUUGUUCUCGUGAAUAUACAUUUUUUUAUUAAUAGACAGCGCCAACUCGGGUGAGAAGGGAAAAGAAAGAGCUACCCGAUGAUUUCUUCGUUGACUCACAGGAAGAGAAAGAAACGGUAAGAGUAAUUGUCGGCGGAAAAGCGAAGAAAAAUUACCUUGUAAAACAUUUUCCGCAUUUAUGCCGCCAGUCUUUUUUCCUUGGGCAUCAUCAUUAGGGUUGGGCUAAAAAGAAUGGGUUUUUUUUCUAGUCAAGUGGUGUCAUCUUUGGUAGAUUCGGUGCAUUCUUGCCGAUACUCCGCCAAUCUCGUCUCCAGAGCUCUCUUUACCGUUUUUCAGUGGAAGGGCUCCGAAUGCCAUAAUCGAUCCAAAAUUUUUGACAUCUCAUGGAGUCCUUUAACCCCUAACUGUUACACCUUAACAUCGGUAUGCAUAUUCUCCAUACUGUUCUUCACACAUUUCUUAAGGUGCUGACAAGGAGAAUUCGUUGAAUAAUCAAGAGAUUCUUUAGUUGGUGAUCAUUUCCUUUGCUCUCAUGACCUUAUUGAGUGAUUCAGGGGCGAUACCGUAAAGAGGAAUUAGAUGCUAGUUACUCACAAGGAUCAAAGUUUAUAGAAACUUGAGAUUAUAAUGAAGUUGCAAGAAAAACAAAACAAUAAUCAGAGUUCACCGCUUACAACAUUUCAAUCCAAAGUUGAAUCGUUAUUAUUUUUUCCACUUUUCCAUCACAGGAAGAAGAAUCUUCUCUCGAAACAGCUUUUUGAGUCCACCGCUACAAGACAGACAUCCUUAUUUGGAUUAGUGAUUGUAAUAUUUAUUAACGUUGUUUGUGUACAGAGUUAAAGACUUUUAAAGACCUUACUUUAGUGUAGUUUUACUGUUUUUGUAAACUAGAUGUUUUAAUUUUUUUAUGAUUCGACAAGUACUCUUUCGAGACUCUAAGAACCUAUUCAUGUAAUGAUAGUGAAAUGUUCU